AACUCUGGCAGUUUGAAUACACUCCUUCGAAGCACAAGAGGACUUGAAGUUCGAUCUUCAUCUUGUCUUUAUAAAUAUCAGUUUUCAAGUGACAUUAAAGAUAUUUACGAAAUGAACAGACAUUAGUCAAUGAUAUUAUAGUAAACAAAAAGAUUCUAUAUACAGGAUGGAAGAUAAGCUGCCAAGUGCACUUGUUUUGUGACUGAAAAUCAGACUAGAUCUCAGUUGAAAUAUGAAAGGAUUUGUGUUUGAAAAUCAGGCUAUGUCCAUCAAUCUUUUACUCACUACGCUGCUCUCAGGAGCUACUGGCUUUGAGGGUGGAUAUCAUAAGCAGUUGUAUCCAAGAAUAUCCACGAAUACGAGCGUUUAUGAGAAGGCGGUGGGGGAAGAAGUAACAUUGUGGUGCGAUCCUCAGGAUGUUGGUAGUUUUGUAGUGCUUUGGAGGAAAAAUGAUCAUAUGAUCCUAACAGCUGGAGAUAUGAUAGUUAAACCAGAUCCAAGGCUUAGUUUGGUGGAAAAGAAUCUACGCAUAAAGAGUUUAGAAGCUGGCGAUGCAGGAACCUAUACCUGCUAUGUGAGCACUAAUGGACCUGAAGUUAGUGUAUCUCAUAACCUUCAUAUACUAGUUCCUGCGAGUGUUAGAGCUGAGCCUUCUGAUGGUAACUAUGUUGUGAAGAAGGACAGAAGGGUGGAGCUCAAGUGCUCCGCCUCAGGAAAUCCUUUGCCAGAGGUCGAGUGGACGAAAAAGGGAGGAAGGCUGCCUGGAGACGAGAUGAAAAUAUUCGGAGAAACUCUUGUUAUUCAGUCAAUUGCUAAGAAUGACCGGGGAGUGUAUAUCUGUACAGCUAUGAAUGGAGUGGGUCAUUCUGCAGAGGCAGAAAUCAAUCUUCAGGUUUUAUAUCCUCCUGAGAUAGAAUUGUCAACCAACAAGGUUCACUCUGGAGAAAGUAAGGAAGCACAUUUAACCUGCAUAGUAAAAGGAAACCCAAACCCAACUGUUCGUUGGUAUAAAGAAACCAGUUUACUGUCUGAAUCUAGUUCUGUAAGCUUUGCAAACAGUAAUGACAGACACACCCUUAUAUUAAGUAGUAUCAGAUCUGGUCUAGACUUCGGCAACUAUUCCUGUGUAGCAGAGAACUCUAUGGGAACAUUCAAAAAACAUAUUGAAGUUCAUGGGCGUCCGACUUCGCCUGUUUUUAGAUCUGAGCCUAACACAAACCAACCCCAGAUGUAUUUAUUAUCCUGGAGCGUGGACAGUUACUCCCCCAUAGAGGAACAUAGACUUCUAUACAGGAAGAUUAAACCAUAUCAUGGGCCCCUUGAUGCUAACUAUCCAAUGGGAGAAGGAGACUGGACAAAUGUUAUAAUACCUGGAGAACCCGGUCACCAAGGUUUCAACCACCUAAAAUUCUACCAGAUUUCAGGAUUAGUGGAAGAUGCAGAAUACGAAUGUUUGGUUCAAGCCAGAAACCGGUUUGGUUGGAGCGAACCCAGCCGUUUGUUUACUUUUUUUACUUCUAGACCAGCUCCAGUAGCUCAUGACUUAGAAUGGAAACGUGUAUUAUCCAAUGGCAUGAGAAUAUACUACCCAUCUAUCCUUCUUCAAGCCCUAGCCUUCGUAAUCAUGGCAUUUGGUAGACAUUAAUUGGAACUACAAUUGUCAAGAUUAUUCCCAAUUCUCGAACGGGCACCCAAACUAAUGAGGAAUAUAUUUCACUGAACAAUUAUAUUUAUACCGAAUGAAAAGUAUAAAAAUCAAUAUUUUAUUGAGAGUGAAAAUGGGUUCGGAUGAGCAGACUCUCUGACAUCGUUAAUAGUUGAUAGAAUGAGACAAAGAUAACGAGUCUAUGUUUUGUCAAUUAAAAAGACAAAAAUAUCUGGGUAUUUCUAAGAAUAUUAGAUUCACCUGUUGUUUUGAAUGUAUACUUUAAAAAAACAGUUCUUCGAAUUUGUGUUAUAUUUGAACAAAAAAAUUGUUGCACGUUAUGUGUACAAAAUUCUGAUCAAAAUGGAGAAAAACAACAAAAUAAAAAAAACAAUCUGUUUACCAUGCUCCUUAAUGGCAUUUAAAAAAAUUUUUUUUCAAGAAACACAUAUAUCUACAAAUAUAAAACUGUAUGAAGUCAACAUAAAAAGUGCAUUUAUUCAAACAAGAAAAAAGUCCUUGUAAAACUUGGCUAUCUUAGAGUUAGUACACAUACAGUAGUGCUAUAAAGCUGGAAAAAGCUCGUUAUCCAGUUUACUAUUCAACUGAAAAUCUUAUGAAAGUCCAAAACACAUACUAAAUCUACAGCAAAAGAACCUUCUGGGUCUAAGUAUCUGAUAACUUGCUUCAAACUCUAAUUUCUAAACUACUAAUUCUGCUUAUCAAUUCGUCAAGGGGUUACACCAUCAGAGUGAACAUAUAUCCUCAUUUGUAGAUUAGAGUUUGACGCGGGUAAUCAGUUGUCAAAGUUAAAUAAUUUCUUUUAAACUGAAACUGAAAUCUUGAAAAGAGAAACAUUGAGUCUCUUUAUUUCUUAAAGAAUGAAACAAUAGUCUGAAGUAUAAAACAAACUGUGUAACCUGCUAAAAAAAGUAAAAUUCGGCCGAAAAGAAUUUAAGCCGCGGCUCAAAUAUUGUUGGUUUUACUUAAAAUUGUAUUCAGUUUUUCAAGAUUUAGGCCGGCGCUCAAUUGAACGUGUUUUGGGGGGCUUUGAGACGCGGCUAAAAUUCAUUAAAUUCGAACUCUGAUGACCUAAAAAUAAUGAAUUUUAUAAUUAGUGUGAUAUAUGUAGUAAUCUUUUUUUACUUAAAAUCAUUUGUUAUACCAAGAAAAUCAUUAUUGGAAAAUUAUUCUCCUUACCUUUAAUACAUUUCUUUCUUCUGUACACAUAAGUGAAUUUUUAUCUAGUUAUCAAAAAUGAUUUCUUUUAAAUUAAAGAAAAUACACAGUGAUAGCCUAGAAACUAUGAAAUAGAAAAUACACGUGUAUUUGAUGUUAUUAUUAAGCAAAAACACGUGUAUUUGAUGUUAUUAUUUAGCAA